GCAAUCAGAAAGCCAAUCUGUAAAGACCAUUCGUUUUUUUCUUACAAGAAUCAAUUAUAAUAAUUCAAUUUCAAGAAGCUGAUUAACAACUUUAUGCAUUCGUCCAUAGUUAGAUAAUUAGAAAUUCAAGAUAUUGUUAUUCCAUUAAGUAUUAAUAAUAGGAAACCGCGCAGUAUAUCCAAAUUUAAGUACAGCUGCGAAAGCUGCUACGCACUAGUAGAAAUUUUGCAAAUCAAACCUGUCGAACAUUAUUAGCACGGUGUAAAGUGACUAAAAAGGUGAUUUUCCCCAAAAACAAAGGAAAAUAAGUGUGCGUACUACGCAUAGUAAGAGUGACUGUUUUAUGUGAAGUGAAAAACUUGACCCUUGAAAUAGGUAACACAUAAUAGAAUAAUCUAAGUCUGAAAUCCAAACAACUUUCGAGUGUUAUUGGACGAUUCCGAUGUGGGUGUAGUUAAAAUACGAAGAAGGUGAAAAAGGGCGAUUGAUAAAGAGGCGCAAGGAAAGAGAAGUGAUAGUUGUAGUUCUCGGAAACUUAUAAGUGCAAUUCUACGAGAGAAAUCAGGGAGAGAUUCGCAACAACAAAAAUACGUACGCAGUCGUAAAUUCAAAACAACAACAAAAUAAUUUUCAAUCCAGAUAUCCAAUAGGAGAAGAAAAAUCAGUUCAAAGGCUACUACUGUGAAGGCACUUCCGUGGGCGUCUUGGAACAAGGAAAAGGGAUCCAUUCCGGAAGCUAUUGGGUGCGGCGCACAAGGCACACAGGAAGUGGAGGUUUUACGAGGAUUCGAGUGAGUGUUCUGGGAUUCGCGAAUCAAGGGAGGUGCCCUUGACUGAAAGAAAAGUGGAUUAGCGGAGAAAAUCAGAACGCCAUUGUUGUCUACUUGGAUUUUUCUGGAAAAUUUGUGCUCGUCAAAGUUUUUCCAGUGGAGAAAAGUGCCUGAGAAGUGUUUUCAAAGUGGUAACCUACGAACGUCCGAAAACCAGGAGGAGUGACCAACUUUUCGUAUCGAGGAAAAAUCAACUUGUACAAAAACGAUGACGCAGUUUUUGUUUUGAUCAAUUUCAUCUUUUUUCACUGCUUUUUCCUACAAAACAACAGAGAAAAAAUAUGAAUAUUGAGUUCGCAGUAACAGAAAUCGCUACUGAAAAUGUCCGCCGAUUCCCAGCGACGAUCAGCGCCCGGCAGCAGUGGAUCUGCGACGGCCGCGCGCUGUAUGCCGGCGAUUGUUCCACCGCAGGCCGUUAGUGAUCGGUCGAUCAUCGACAGUGUGGCCGGAUUCAUCAACGAUGUAGCGCUGCAGACCCAAACGCCGCAAGGCGAUGGUAAGGAUCACAUCCUAUGGGCACGAUUUGAGAGCACUGCCGACAUCAGCGAUCCCUGUCUCGGGGACGACUGGGAGCUGGAAGGGGGCAUCGCUCCACCACUCCUGCUGAUUCUGGGCUACGUCAACGGGAUUCAGGUAUGGAUCAUCCCAGCGAAUGGCGAAGCAAUUGAGGUGCUCUCGUGGCGUCAUGGCAGUGUGAAGUGCUUGCGAGUUUUGCCAACUCCUACCUUCGGAGAUGGCGAAUCGGCUACUGAACCCAACGACCAGUUCAUCCAUAAGCGACCGCUUAUUGCUCUGUGUGACUCAGCCUCAAGUGGAGUCGUUGGAAGCAGUGGGGGCAUGUCGAGCGGUAAUCAGUCACAGUACUGCUCGAUCAACUUCAUAUCAUUGAAGGACGGCGAGAACGUGAAGAGUAUCAAGUUCAAGAAUCCGAUAGUGGACAUUCUCGCGAAUCGAUCAUCGGUGGUAGUGAGCUUUCCGGAGCGGAUUGCUAUCUUCGAUGCUCGCACGCUUGAAGAUCGGCUAACGGUUACCACGUGCCAUCCAAGUCCCGGGUUGAACCCAAAUCCGAUUGCGCAGGGUCCUCGCUGGAUUGCGUAUGCCGAGAAGAAGUUGGUGCAAUCCAAACGGUCUAGUGGAGGCUGUGAUGGGGAUGGGGUCACUAGUUAUACGGCCACGGUGUUGAAUGCGGCAAAAAGCUUAGGAAAGGGUUUACGAGAGCUUGGUGAACAAAUGGCUGCCGGAUUGACUGGGGGAAGCCAUUCGGGACCUAGUUCCAUCAGCGGUAGUUCUGGUGGAUCAAUGGGAAGCGUAUCAAGUGAAGGCAAUCAGCCAGGAAUUGUUACAAUACUUGAUAUCAAGUAUCCGAUCAAGGAUGUAAGCCCCACAACGGGAACUCCGAUUACCAGCACUGGAACCGAUCCAAUCGUUGCACAUUUCGUGGCUCAUUCCGAAGCCAUUGUAGCAUUACAAUUCGACGCUUCCGGAAUGAUUUUGAUUACAGCGGAUAAACGUGGACAUGACUUCCAUGUCUUCCGAAUCCACCCGCACCCAAGCGGUCCCUCGCUGGCAGCGGUUCAUCAUCUGUACAUUCUGCAUCGUGGAGACACUACAGCCAAAGUACAGGACAUAGCAUUCUCGUUAGACUCUCGAUGGGUAGCGAUCUCAACCUUACGAGGAACUACGCACGUCUUUCCGGUAACUCCUUACGGGGGCCCAGCCGGAGUUCGGACGCACGGUUCACCUCACGUUGUAAAUAGAUUAUCUAGAUUUCAUCGGUCCGCCGGACUGUCCAUUGACGGUCGGUCCAGUAGCCCCGUUUCUCACUUGGAACAUCCUAUGUCUCAAACGCCGACAUCCGCUUACGCCAAUCCACGAAUUCCACCGUUUCCACAUCCAACGAUCGUGCAACCGCUAGCGCAGCUACGACAACCGACCACUCUCGGAUCUCAGUCGAACAACAGUACGAACGUGAAGAGCGCCGGUAGCAAUGGUCGGCAGCGUCACUCAUCUUCCUCUUCGGAUGAUCUGGUGAAGCCGCUUCGAGUUUGUGCUACGUUUGCGAAGGCGCGUUCCUGGCUGUUGGACCCACCGGGAUCGGCUAGGGAUACUCCGGCCCAUCGCAUUCAGCGGAAGCCAGUUGACUCGUUGUUCAUCAUUGCCGCCCACGGGGCGCUGAUUCAGUACGAUCUGGAACCGAAACAUGCAGCCACCAUCCCCAAAGAGAAGGUUUGCGACGACACACCGAUCGAGCUGGAAGUGGAAGCCAAGGCACAGUGGACUCUGCAGCGCCAGGAAUGUGCUAAUGCAAGUGAUAUCCAGCCACCGCUUCCGUUGGAUAAUUGGCUGGUGAAGGAUCGAUUCCUUGAGGAUACCGUGGGGGAUGCUGUCAGCGAUUACGGAAGUUUCGAUUAUCAUCAUCGUGGUACCAGUGGUGGCAGUGGUGACCAUCGGGGCAGUACCAGUAGCAUCGACCACGAUGAUCGAUGGUUGUCGCAGGUAGAGAUUAUUACGCAUGCCGGACCACACCGACGUCUCUGGAUGGGACCGCAGUUUAUGUUCAAAACAUAUAAUACACCGAGUGGCUCACCGUUGACGUCGAUCGACACCGAUUCGGUGGAGAUCGGCCCCGGAAACAUGGUGAACCGACCGGCCCGUUCCAACCCUAUGAAUAUGCCCAUCUCUGGAGGUAUGAGGCCAUUGGUACCCAUACUCAUUGAAUCUGGAUCAUGUAGCAGCUACGAACAAAGUCCUCGAAUGAUGAAUAUGAACGAGUUUCGGCAUCACGAGAACAUGGACUCGGAAUUCUCUUCGCUGGGACCGGUGGAGUCCCAGCUGCGGGAAGAUCUAGCUGAUGCCAUGCGUGAAUCGCCACUGAUUUCCGGACGAGACACUACCGGCUACACGAGCGCCACACCCAUACCGGCCGGGUUAUCUUCGGUAUCCUCUUGCUCCUCCACCUCGAUCUACUCGUCAACGCACUCGUUGAACUCGAUCUGUGACCAAAAACUGUCCCUUCCGACGGUACCGCCAAGUGGUGCGGUAUCCCAUGGGCAGCUGCUGAAGCACCACGUAACGCAUCUUCAACAGCAACACGAUCAACAACACUCAUCGUCACUUCCAACGAGCUGUUCUCGACCUGCUUCGGCAGCUAGCAGCCGAGCUUCCGGUUCGUUGACGAUAACCAAAGUGGUAAACCCAUUAGGAACGGUAACCACAGUGUGUAAUGUUGAAUCGGAAGGGCAGGAAUCGGGAAUCGAUUCCCGUGGUGUCCGGGAUUGCGAGGUGUACAUGCAUGAAAACUGUGACGAAGCGUUGUUCAGACCAGUAGUUACGGUUCAUGGCAUACCUGGCGCAGAGCACGAGCGACGCGGGUCAUCUCUGGAUCGAUUGACUUCUUUGGUAGCCAGUGGAAUGGAACCAACUUCUUUGAAUAACCGCGACCUAAUUGUACCAGUUAUCGAAGAGAAGAAUAUGGUACACUUUAACAAAUCAAAGAAAAAGGAAGAAGAGAGUUUGGUGGCAAAAUUUGAGGAACUGUCCUCAAUCAAUAAGAAGAGUAAAAAGCAAGAUGAACCGGAGAUGAUCGAGUUAAUUCCGGAAGCCACGGAUCAAAAUAUGGCGGGAGACUUUGUAGAUGUUGAAGUAGUAGAACGUAAGCCGGAGGUCCCUUCAAGUACUGGUGGAAGGAAGAAAGAGAAAUCACCACCAGUAUCAGCACGAAAUGAGAAGAAAAAGAAAGAGCCAGAACCAAUAGAAGUGAUCGAAAUAGUAGAUCCUGUGGGCGAAGAGUUGGAAUUACCUGCGGUGGAAAAGGCCCCUCGAAAUAAAAAGAAAGAUAACGGCAAGAAGAAGGAAGAAACUAAACAGCAACAAUCAAAGGUGGAAACGAAGCCGUCGAAGAACGCGGCCGACAAUGGAGGACCAGCAACAGGUGGAAGCAAUAGGAAAGAAAACAAGCAAGACAAUCGAAAGCGUAAAGAUAAGCAACAGCAAGCUUUGGUAAAACCAUCGGAAAUGGUUACGGAACCAAAUCCGAAACAAGAUUCAGAUCACGAAUUACCAACGACGAUGAUAAUUCCGACGAUGGAAGACGACGAAAUGCUCAAAUCUAUCUGCGACGACUUUCCACCACUAGAAGCAUUAAAAAUUGACGAUUUGGAAUUGUUCGGAGAGAUGAAUGAACCGGGGGAGCUUAAAAUAACCGGAAAGGAAAUUAGCGUUCAGGAAUCGUUUGAUGCUUCUAGCAUGGUGGGAACACGUGAAGAAAAGUCGGUCGAAUCGGGUGAUGCUCAAGCAUCUAGUCGUGUGAAAGAUGAUGACGACGCGCAAAGCUGUGUGAUAGAAGAUGAAAAGUGUGCUGAAGUAGUGAUGGGUGAAAAGUUGAGGGCAGUGUGGAAGGAGGAGAACAUUACGACAGAAUGUGAGUUGGAGUUCCCGGAUGAGCUGCCUCCGUUGGAAACGUUGAUGUGUAACGAGUUGGAAGAUUUGGGUUUUAGCGAAAGUGCGAAAAGAGAGCGGCAGCUUAUGAAGCAGCAAAGUGAGGAGAAGACCUUGAUCAAUUUUGAAAGUCCGCUGGAAGAGAAAGCUAACGGUAGAGGGAAAUCAAUACUGGAGGACAGGAAUAUUGUGUUUGCCAUGUGCUCGAGUCUGAAAGAAAUAGGAGAAACUAGUGGUUCACUGGUGUUGGGAGGUAGUCGUAGCCUUUCUGCGUCAAUGAUGGAACCACCAGUGCUGAAACAGCAACUCUCGGUUGAAGGACAAGAUUCAGACUACAAAAGCCUAGAGCUAGAGGUGGAUGACAGUGCAAUGUACAGCUCACAGCUUCCGGCAUCCUCGACAUCGGAUGAAGAUACUUCGAAUUCUAAUUCGAACGAUGACCCGGAAGAAGAAGAAGAAAUCAAAGUAAACGGUAAGCUUCCGCAAGGCGAAGAUGAAGACGAGGAAUUACAGCCAUUGAUCUCGAGCAAUAAAACUUCGUCCUCGUCGCUGUCAACAACGGUGGUUGGGACCGUAGUCGGCAGUGGACCAGGGGACAGUUUAAGCAGCUCCAUGACCGCUUCCGGCACCGUGGCAGCAGCCGGAAGUCCUGCCAAGACAACAUUAUCAUCAACAACAACAAUAACAACAACGUUAGCACUGCCAACGACGGAAGCGAACCAAAGUGAGGAUAGCGGCAAGCAGAUUGCAACAACAGCAAAGCAAUCCAGCAAUGGUGGUAGCAAUGGCAACGGCAAGAAGAAGUCCAAGAAGAAGCGCAAAUAAUUAGCAGCGCAUCAGCGGAUGAUGCUGCUGGCGGUCACCAGAAAUGGGUUGCUACUACUGCUGAUAUUGGUGACUGCUGCAUCAUUGCUGGUACUGUUGUUGCUGUUGUCGUAUCUUGUUCUGCUGCAGCUUUGCUACAAACUAGUGUUAUUUUUAUUGUAUUAUUUCUAGAACUUUCCACGCGAAUCUUUCCCUUUUCCCUUGUUACCGGAGUUCUAAGAUGGAUGUCAGCUUUCGGAGUAGGCUGCCGGUAGAACUCCAAGCUUAGUUUUUUUUAAUGUUGGUGACUUCCGAAAAACUCACAAUUUCUUUUUUAGUUUUAUGUUGUUGAAGAGAACAAGUUAGCCAAAAUUCAGCUGGACAAAGUAUUUAUUAUGUUUAACACCCGAAAUACUACUUGACAUUGUAGAAAGCGAUCUAUUUAGCAUGCGAUUAAUUAUUAAAAUAUAUUAAUUGCGCUAUUGUCUUAUUUCUGAGAAUUUUUGAGAAUUAUUUUGACAAUGACUUGGAUUUAACCCAUGUAAAAUCGUCGACUGUGUAAAAGUUUACAGCAACAAUAACCUAAAUUUCUAAAUAAUCAAACAAUGUUUUUAGCUUGCUAGAUCGAUUGCUUUCUUAGUGAAUCAACCGCCCCUCUUUUUCGUAUUGCAACGUCAAACUGUUCAUACAUAAGUUAUUUAUUAGAAAAAUCUUUAUUUUACAAACGAACUAACUUUGUUAACAAGUUUUUAGUCAUGUUUUAAGUAUUUUAUAGAGAUGGAAACCGUUCAAAACAAAACCACGUAAACGUUUUAAGGGCAUUGUUGAGAGAAAAAAAUAUACGGAAAAGCUGUAUUAUCUGAACACAAACAUUUAAAAUAAGAGACCUGCGCACAUCCCUGAAGUAAUGUUAUUUUCCGGCAUGUUUUUGUUCGUGUAAAUCCAGAAUCUUCAAUUUACGUUUUCGGCGAAACACCAUUAAAAAUUGUCAGUUUUCUAGCUUAACAAGGGCAAAUCUAAAAUUAGAAGUAGUAAAAAGUCGAAGAAAGAAACAUGUUUUAGACUAUAAGAGCUCAAAAAGGACUGAAAAAAUAAGAAAAAAAUAUAUGGAAAAUAAAUUAUGUGAAUACCAAGAUAAGGCAGACAUCUAGUGCUAUAUAUUUUAGGAAGCUUUCGGGAUAAAUAUUAUCAAAAUCAACAAAUUCUGUUAUUUUUGUCGAUGAAACGAGAAAUCUUUAUUUUUUCCAGUAAAGUAGUUUCAUCAAUCGUACGCAACACAGUAACACACUACCAUCGCAGAUCACACUCACACUCACCUCACACUCAACAUAUACAUACGCAUACUACCUACAGAGUAUGAGAAAAAAAGCGUUCAUCAUUGUUGUUGAUAUUUAAAUCUCGUAACGGAACUUGAUAGUCACUUAGAGAAAGAAAAGAAAACAAAAUAAAUAUUUAUUAACUUAUUCUGAGAAACGCUGAACGCGCAUGAGAACGGGAUGGGAAUAGGAUUGACGGGAACCGAAAUCAAGGUGAUGCCGGUUGGUUUUGUGCGAAAAAGAAGCAGACUUUUUUGAACAACAUG